AUGGCUGGCGUACGCCGUACUGCGGUUGCCGCUAUGGAAGGGAGCCGACGCCGUAUGCAUCUCACGGGCAGGAGCACAUGGAACGUCGGUGAUUUAAAACUCUCCCAUGUUCCCAUCGCAACAUUCAAGGGGCUCCGGCCAGCCUUCCUGGGCAGUGCUUCUAAACAUCGCAUUAAACCAACAGUUCCGAGAUACUAUACCGGCUGGCAGCCCAGGGACCGGCUGGUGGUAGACCAAGACCGCUUCGCAAAUGGCGCAUAUCGCGAUGUGUCCUGCAACCUCGCAGCAAUAGACAAGAUAGUGGCACUCGGCCGCAACAUCGGCGCUUUGAUCAAUCGAACGGUUCACCCGCAGAUUGUCAGUGAUGAGUAUUACAGAUAUGCGCAUUGGCGCAUGCUCGAACGCUUCGCCAUUGCGGCUGCAAUGGCAUUGGCAUCUCAGACUCAGCCCAUGGUCAGCCCUACAGGAGAUGCGGCAACUACGAAGGGCGUUAGCAAAGAUGGAGAGGCGGGGCAGAGAUGCAGUGACCGCUGGAUUAGUUGGAUGACACGCGGCAAGGUCAGCUCGGCGCUGACUAGCAUCGUGCUAAAGGACAUAGUUUCACGAGCGUUCAAUUUUGUCUGGUUCGGCAAAAUAGGAGCGGGAUUCGAUGACAACCCCAAGGCGUUCAGGUUGUUGGGAGGGUUGCUGUGCAGCGUUGCUGGAGUGGCAUGCUUCGUGGGCAACGUUUUGAAAUUCGAGCCGAAGGUGCUCCUCAACGUGUCGAUCAAUGUGCUCAAGCACGUAGGGAUGCUGACGAUGUUGGCAGCUCAGGCCGCAUUUCACACCACAUUCUGCGUCAAAAAUGCUGCAACAAACGUUGGAGAAAUAACCGCAAAGCUGGAAGCGCAAAGCCCAAUAUGCGAUUUCAUAGGCAUGGCCACAGGAAUGCAACUUGGCACCCUGCUAGCAGAUAAGCCAUUUGCGGUUCAAACUGGAGUGUUCUCCGGAUUUUGCGUCGUGUCUGGAAUCUCGACCUACAUGUGCGCGAAGAGCGUCUGCUUCAGGACGCUCAACCCGCAGCGGUGUUUCGUGCUGCUGGAAGAUUUUGCCAGCGUGUUGCUGCGCAGGUUGGACAGGUACCUGCGGUACCACAAAAUGCGGCUCGAGGCACUCAGGCACCGGUACUCAGGUGACCAGGGUGGUGACUCCGACGACGGCGAGGACAGCGAUUCGGACGACUCUUCCAGCAACUCAUGCUUCGAGGACGACGAGUGCGGCGCCAUAGCGGAGAUGAUUCACGACUACGAAUUCGACACUGCCAGCAGACUGCUGAAUAGGUUUACUUCGAAGCACCUCUGCAACAAGCUCAAAAGGGCCAGGGAAGCGGACAAGGCUGGCGAGGAUAGCAAUGUGCGGUACCCCAACGAACCUCUUAACCUUGUGCAAAAACGCAUAGGCAUGAAGUUCCUGACACCCGAGCAGGUCGCAGCCCGCGAGCCGCUGCUGUUCCCGUGGCGGGAUGGAGCGCUCAAGCACGGAGCUGUCAAGUACUCGCUGGCCGACAUGUCGGUGUGCCCGGCGACGCUGGCGGAGUACCUCAAAAUAUUCAAGGGGGAACGGUUUGUGGUGGCGUUGGGGUCCGACGGGAUUGUGGAGUGCGCCAUACACCGCUCAGCGAAGCCGCGUGACGCCAUGCUGGCGAUACUGACAUACAACAUUGCGGAGAAGCUCUGGACUCUGCUCGACGAGUCGAUGGAGCCCGGCUUCAUCGACCACCAGCUGGAGCAGAUUUGGGACCUGUGCAAGCGGUCAGCCGUCAGCCUCAAGGAGGUGCUAGUGCGCCUCAACGCGCAAGUGAACACGCACCACCCGAACGUUAGCCGUGCAACGGACGGGGAGCAGCUGCGCGAGGAAAUGCAGCUGUGGAAGUGGGGGCUACAGACGGUCAGAUACGCAUACAACAUGGCCCAGGCUUGCAUAGACGAGGUCAUGCUAAGCGCGCAGGCCGCCAAGUGGGACGUCGAAAAGUUUGAUUUGUGUUCGCCGUUCAAGCACUAG